AUGGACCCACCAAAUGCUACCCGCGGACGCGGAAGAGGAAGAGGCUAUGGAAGAGGCCGUGGCAAUAACGAUAGAGCACCACGCUCCCAUACCAACUAUUCUCCAGUCCCACGCAUAGCGCUCCUGCAACCCGGAACACCGGUAUCGAUUGUUUUGAAAAUGGAUCAGGGGAGUGGGAGGGAAGUGAAGGGGUUUGUGGGAGAGCUUUUGACUAGGGGGGAUCACCCGAGAGGAGUGAAGGUGAGGCUGAGGGAUGGACGGGUGGGGAGGGUGCAGAGGUUGUGUACGGAGGGGGAGGCGGAGGAGGGGGAUGGGGGAAUGAGGGGGUUGGGGAGGAAUGGGGAAGUGGGUGGAGGUGAGGGUGAGAGGAGUGGUGAUAUGAAUGAGAGGACAGGAGGCAUGAGGAGAGGAGGAGGUAGGGGUGGCAAAACGUAUUCGGAUUUUAGGACAGAUGGAUAUGAUGAAUCUUCCGCGGCGAGCGCUGGUGCGGGGGCUAGUUUGGAAGAUUAUAUUGUUGUGAAAGGGAAUCGCAAGGGAAAGAAAAGUACAGCUGAAGAAAACAAAAUUAGUGAGGGAGGCACCAUGGAGCCAGAGGAAAACGGUAAAAAUGACGAGGAAGUGUUAGAGGAAAGAUCAACAGGGGAUGUGUUCAAAACCGCAAUGAGUACAUGUCCGGUUUGUGGAGUGUUUGAGGGCGAUGAAAUGGCGGUCGCGCAUCAUGUUAAUGGUCAUUUUGAAUAA